AGUCAAUCUUUGCAUUGACAUAAACUUGUCUAAGGCAUGUUCAUUAUGUUACAAAAGCCUACUAUAUUUAAAACCUAUAAUAAUAGCUUUAAACUCUCUAUUCCUACAGUCUUUAAGCCAGCCAGAGAGGAAAGGGAAACUGACACUUCCUCCGAUGUGUAUUGUUGGCCAAGUUUUUUGAGCUCAAUCACACAGACACACCUUCACAGCAAGUUAGUUUACUCUCAGAAUCAGUACAAAAAGGACCAGGGACGCUUAUUUGUUCCUUUAAACUCAUUGUUUACUCAAUAUGUGAUUAUUAACUUUCGUUUAAACUGCGUGUGCCAAGGUCACAUUUAUCUGAAACCCAAAAUACCUACUAUGUAAUGCCACCAUCUCUUUCAGCGACUCCUCCACAGGUUUGGGCUGAAUGUAGAACUGAUUCUGGAUAUACGUUAGGAAGAAAAACAGGAGACAUUUGAGUCUCAUAAUGAGGUGUUAAUCUACGCUCUUAAAAUCAGUUCCGCCACUUGUGCGUUUUUAUUUGGUGUCAGUGCGAUGAGCGCGUGAUAGAGAGAGCGCACAGGCAUCUUGAUCUGCGCUGAACUGAUCUCUGACGUGAUGUCAACCGCUACUCUUGGAAGUUCAUUCAAAACCGGGAACGGCGUGGAGUACGAUACGGACAACAGUCGGUCGAUACGUCGACAGCUUUCAACUGAGUACUCACACAGUGAAUUGGACAAUAUUAUGGACACUUCAACAAGUAGAGAUAUGGAUUCUAAAACCUCAAGAGGAAGUAUUAAAGGUACCUCAACAGCCUUAGAGGAAGACAAUAUACCAACAGUGUUGGCUAUGCAGCUGGCUGUAGUGGAGGGACCGGAUCGACUUCCUGCCGAUGAGGGCACACAGGAAGUACUGUGCAGGAAACUUUGUGUGCUGGAAGCUGACCUCACAGAGGUCACAAACCUAAUUUCUGAACUGUCAGCUCAUCUGGUAUCCAUCAACAGUGGGGAAAGAACUAUAUAUAUCACUUUUAAAACCUUUGAAGAAAUAUGGAAGUUCAGCACAUACCACAGAUUGGGUUUACUGGGUCAGUGUAUGGAAAAUCUUCUUAUGGACCAGGACUUCUGGUUAAUCUUCCUGGAUCAGGACUCAGGAAUUGAAAUCUCAAUCCAAGAAGAGCCAUUAAAUCUGAUGUAUAAAGGCUUUCUAAUGCAAGAAGGGUCCUUCUUUGGAUGCUGCACUGCAAAUCAGAUAUUCGAUAGCUCUACAUCAGGAAGGGACCUUUACGUGGAGAAGGGAGAUAUUGCCCUAUUUGAGCCUCCAUUCCUAAGAUCAGGGUGGACAGUGCUGUCCUUAGCUGAUGGAUCUAGGGGAACCAAACCAAAACCAGCCCUGGAGCCAGUCAUUCCCUUUCAUGAGUGGUUUCUAAAGUCCUGCCCGGAGAGUAUAUUAGUGGGUGGACGAAAAGACACCACUGACCUUCCAUUCCAGAUUGCAGUAGGAGUCUGUGAGACCACAGAGGAAUAUGAUGCCAACGGGCCAGAUGAACUGAGCUUCGAGGCUGGUGAACGGAUCAUCAUCCUUGGCCUGCUAGUGGCAUGUUUUGAAUGGUUUAUAGGAAAAUUGGAGAGAACUGGGGAUAUUGGACUCAUCAGGACCCACCUGGUCAAAGCAACCGAUUCCUUUUGUGAAUCAUCUGAAAUUUUCUUGAAAGACGAGGACAGGCAAAUUGUUACCUUGGAUCAGGAAAAAAUUAAAGAGGAGACUAUUACUUUAUUGAAGAGAUCAUGCCAGUGUGAUGUUGGCACAAACUACAAACUUGAUCUGGCGAAAACAAUUCCAGGAUUAGUUCAAAACAAGACUCAUCAGACAGAAACAAAUGAUCUUAAACAAAAAGUCAACCACAUUUUGAGUGAGUUAAAAGACACUCAAAGAAUUGAGGCUCCAUCAAACAGCAGCGACCACCAGACACAGAGAGAAGUCCUUGAUACAGAGGCAUCCCGAGGAACCCCACGUUUUUCUGUGUGCUCAGAGCAGGACAGCACCAGUACAGAUGAACACCAGGCUCUCCUCUCCUUCUUGAGCAGCCGUGACCACCAGCUGAAGUACCUGCUCCUUUACAGUGCUUACCCUGAAUUCCUCAUCUCUCACUUUGAGGGUCACUCCGAUGAGGAGGAUAUAGUGGCAUAUUUAGGCGCAGUCCGAGAAUUGGCACGAAAGAAACGCCUCUCAUGGGCACAGAGCCGAAUCUGUUUCCUCCUUGGGCAGCUUUGUGCAGGACGCUCAAAGUUCUCUCAGGCUCGGGUUUACUAUGAGGAAGCUUUGAAUGUACCCAAGGAUUGUUUCACAGACAUGUUUUUGCUCUCUGCCAUUUACUCCAACCUGGCACUCAUCUACCUAACACAGAAAAACCAUGAGAAAUUUUUGGCCUUGUCAGAGCGCUUUUCUGCUUUGUUGAUGGCGGUUCCUGAUUGUUUGUUUGGCUGUGAAGAUCCUGAAGUAUUAAAGUAUGUUUUGAAAAAAGCCAUCCUGGCCAAGAACAAGUCUGCAGAGGCCCGAGCAUGCUUCCUCCUGGCAAAAAUCCACCUGAAGCUCAGAGAUGGCAUGAGCGCAAUCCCAUUUAUUGAAAGGCUUCAAAUCCUUGCUGAUGAAGUUCCUGGAGCAUCUAAUGAGACAUGGAGCCAUGUUUUCCUGUUGUUAGCAAGACUCUACAGUGACCAGUGUCUGCCACGCUUGGCUGAAAGCUGUGCACGCCGAGCAUCGCUUCAGGUGGGUGCCACUGUGUCACACUGUCUUUGUGGUAUCUCGCUAUUAUUGGAAAAUGCAUCAGAGCUGUAUGGAGUUGCCAUCCCAACACAAGUGGCUCCAUACCUGACUCGUGCUGCUGCCUUAGUGCCCUCCAGCAAGGAGCCCGAGCUGGGUCAUGCCCAUGCUUUGUGUUUGUCCUGGCUCUUCCAUAGACACAACAUGCCUGACAGAGCUGUUCGCUACAUGUGCACCUUCCUUGACCACAACAGCAUGUCCAGCACUGACCAGUCAGACACUACUGCUGCUUUCAUAUGGUUGGCAUGGCUGUACAUCUGCAACCAGCAACCCAGCACAGCUCUGGAAGUUCUGGAUGCCGUGCUCUCAUCGCUCCCUGAGCAUUGUACCACUCAGCUGGAAGGUGUGGUUUACAACAUGCGUGCCAUUGCAUACAGACAUUCAGCGGACAUCCGACAAGCUGCUGAGAGUUACCGGGCUGCUAUCGAGAUUUGUGAGGAGUUUGAGGACAGGCGUAACUGGGCCAUAGCGUUGGCCAACUUCGGGUUCAUGUGUUUGCAAGUCAAGGCGAAGAGGUUGGCAGAGGAAUAUCUCACCCAAUCUGUGGAGCUGUUCUCAGAGCUUGAGGACGAAGGGCAUGAACUGAGUUUUAUUUCAGUGCUUCUUGAGUUGGGCAGACACUUCAUUUCACAGGGGCUCCAUGAGAGUGGGAAGAUCUACCAUGAAUGGGCCCUGCUGAUUGCUAUUCAUAUUGAUGACUUGGAUAGCCAGCUGCAGGCCACACGUCAGCUGUGUCACCUGUAUGAAGAAGUGUGUCCAGAUGAGGCCCAGUGUAUCAUCUACAAUGAGCACCAGCUGAACCUUCUACAGCAGACUGGAGACAAGAAUUUAGAGGGAGAAAUAUUGGAGAAGAUCAGCCAGCUGUACCUGAGCCUGGGCACUGAGAAGGCCAACAGGGCUGCUUUAGAUUACACCAAACGGAGCCUGGGCAUUUUCAUCGACUUGGGCAGAAAAAGGAAGGAGGCACAUGCCUGGCUACAAGCAGGAAAGAUUUACCACAUCCUCAAACAGACUGAGCUAGUGGAUCUCUAUGUGCAGGUAGCGCAGGACAUGGCCCUGAGCACAGGAGACACGCUCUUCACCCUGGAGCUGUUGGAGGCAGCAGGGGAUGUGUUCUUCUACAGCUCACAGGACAGGGAGAAAGCUGUCUGCUUUUACAGGGACCGUGCACUCCCCAUUGCGGUGAAGACGAGCAGUGUUCGCUCUCAACUAAGACUGUGUAAUAAGCUUUCAGAGCUUCUACUGCAGUUGAGACAGCAUUCAGAGGCCGUUGAGUUCGCUCAGACUGCAUUAGACAUUAGCGUGAGUCUGGCUGACCACUUAAAUGAGAGGGUAGCCUUCCAUCGACUCGCUACAUUGUACCAUUGUCUGGGUCAGUUUGAAAUGGCAGAGCACCAUUUCUUAAAGGCCCUAUCUCUGUGCCCCUCACCCCUGCAGUAUGAUGAAGAAACCCUGUACUAUGUCAGAGUCUACCAAACACUGGGAGACAUUAUCUUCUAUGAUCUAAAGGACCCAUUUGAUGCUGCUGGAUAUUAUCACCUGGCCUUGGCUGCUGCUAUGGAUCUGGGCAACAAGAGGUCUCAGCUACAGCUGUGCACUCGGUUGGCUACUCUCUACCACAACUUUCUCAUGGACCGUGAACUCUCACUGUACUUCUACCAGCGAGCACGGGCUUUCGCUAAUGAUCUCCACAUUCGUCGCAUCAACCUAUCUCCAGACCAGAACUUCAGAACCACGGCCCAGUACAAAAACACAAUAUCUGGGGCACCAAGAUAGAACUGGACUCUAAUUGGAUAUGACACUUUCACUGAACACUGUUUUGAUUUGACUUGUGUGAGAUUUCCUAGGUUUAUGUGUAAUUUACCAGAUCUUAUGUGUACUAGUUGAUUUAUUCACAGAAUGUCUGACCCAGUGUGACAUGGUAAUUGUUCCAGCAAGUGUUUAGUGGACUGUAAGCCAUACAACUUUCAGGCAUCACUUGCUUUGUAUUAAACCUUAAAUGCUUGCAGUUUUAAAAAAAACUUUUACAUGGUCCACUUGGCAUGAUAUCCCACUAUGGAAGUAACCAAGAUUUCUUUCUUAUUUUUCCUUUAUUUCUUUCUUAUGGAAAAGAAACAGUCGUUGAAGGUAAUCAGGAUAAUAUAUUAGGUUUGGCGUUAUGAUCUGUUACGUGUUAUUACUUUUGGAUGGCACAUGCAAUUUACCCCCUGAAGAGUGGUCAGUGAACACGAUUUUACCUCAACAAGGGCUUUUCUGUUUGUACUAAGUGCAGAAAAUGACAGGCGUUGUAGAUUUAAAUAAACAUGUUCACGGCUGGUGAAAUAAAUGACUUGACACAAGCCCUCACAGCUCAUUCAAAACAAACCCAGCAGUUCUUCAGGGUCUACUGCUUUGGUGGCAUUCAAAGAUAUGUGCAAAAAUGAGACCAUGUCACCACUGGUCACCCAUAAAAGUGUUUAUACUAAAGACAUGCCCAUAUAAUAAGAUUUAAUUGCUUAACAACAGAAAGUUGCACACUUUGAAUGCUUAAGACAAUAGUAAUACAAUAACAGGAUUCUUUAUUUCUUUAUCCUAAUAAAAGUCUGUUUUCAUCA